AUGCACGCAUUUCUAGUCUCGUGCCUCGCGGCAUGGGCAGCCCUGGCGGGCCUCGCGGCCGCAGGACCCCCCGUGGGCGGGGCCAAGGCGACGGCGGACGUCAACCCCCUUGGCGGCGUCUGCCUCGCGCAGUGGUACCCGCGGGGCAGCAGCAGCAGCAGCAGCAGCAGCAGCAACAAGGCCAGCAACAUGCUGAGCUACCACACGCGCGGCGACGGCAGCAUCUUCGAGUCUCGCAUGCACGCCAACGGCGGGUGGAUCAAGGCGGUGCCCGUGGUGCUGGCGGACGCAGGGAACCGGACCGCCGGCAACGCCAGUGUCGCGCGCGCCUGGACCGGCGGCGGCCCGCUCGCGUGCGCCGCCGAGGCGGUCGGCGACGGGCCCGACGACUUCCAGGUCCGGCUCUUCUACCAGCGCGCCGCCGAGGACGCCGGCGGGCCCGUCCAGCUGCACUCGAUCGUGUGGAAGAAGGACGCGGGAUGGAGAAACGACGAGGCCUUCAACAAACUCUUCGGACGCCCCGCCUCGGCCGGCGCGGCCAUCAAGUGGGCGGACCCCAAGACGGGCGACGUCGACUGGCGGCUCUACUACGUGCUCUACGACCGGGCGCCGUACGGCACGACGCGCGUGCGCGCCCGCAUCCACGAGGCCGUCCUGCGCACGCGCGGCGCCGACGGCGAGCCGCUGAGCUGGCGGCCCGGCAGCGACGGCAAGCCCGUGGCGUCACUCCUGCUCCGGGCGGGGCAGGCCGCCUCGGUGGCCGCCGCGGCGCUGCGCGGGGGCCGGCAAAUCUCGCUGGUGGCGUGGACGCUGCGGCCCGAGGAGGAGGAGCCCGGCAGCUACAGGCACGGCCGCAUCGUCCGGCGGCCCGGCGCGAUCCAGGAGACGCGGUGGACGCUCGAGACGAGGGCGUGGGAGUCGCGGACGCAGCAGCUGGUCGACUGGGGCUUCCCCGACGUGGGCGUGCUGGCCGCGGCGGCGUACCGCGAGCGCGGCGCCAACGGCGGCCGCGAGCUGCUGCUGACGCUGGCCAAGCACGCCGAGCCCACCAACGCCUUCGUCGGCAACUCGGCCGUGCUGCAGCUCGUGUCGGGCCCCGGCCUGUGGACGAAGUUGAUGCCGCCGGCGCCGGGCUGGCUCGCCGCCGAGACGGCCGCGUCGUCGCAGAUGGCGGCCGCGUCGUGGCUGGACGGCGUCGACGGCCAGGACGUGCGCAUCACGCUCCAUUAUGUCGCCUGCGACGUGCCCGACUACGUCUACGAGGGGAAGCCGUGUAACUACGUCAUUAAGGAGGCGCAAAGGAACUCGGAAAGUGCAAAUGCUUUUGCGUGGACCGAUAGCUUUGUGGUGUCGACCUAGAUGAGUUGUUGGUGGUGUUGUUGUGUACUUAGCCCGCAGUAGACUCGCUGUAAGCACCAACAAUAGUGGUGCUCAACAAACACGUUUUUGACCUCUAAAAGUUUGAU